AUGGGUCGUGGAGGUGGUGAGAUUGAGAGCACAGCUGAUGCGGAAUGUUCACUCGAGCUUCGUCCAGCCACCGUGGCCGACUAUGAGCACUACGUUUCCUUCUUUCCGGACCUGUCAAUGCCUCCGUCACUGCUACUGCCUUUCGAUACGUGGCAGCGGGACCUAGCGCCGUCGACGUAUUUCCUCGUGAGCACUGCCGGAGCCAAGGCGCCUGGCGGUGACGCUGAGCUGAAUGGGCCGAGUGACGGGGCCCCUCUUGCGUACGUCUACGUGGAGACGCUGCGAGACUCGGCGUUCAUUCGCCAUAUCGUCGUCCACCGCGAGAAGCGCAGGCAAGGCAUGGGGACGAAGCUGAUGCAAGCUCUAGCGGCGAGGCUGGCAGCAGCAGGGUGCAGGCAGUGGCGCCUCAACGUCUUCCCCUCCAACACCGCCGCCGUCCGCCUCUACUCCCGCCUCGGCCUCUCGCCCGUACAUUCCGGCAGCUGCCUUUUGAUUCUCUGGAAACACUCUUACUGCGUUAUCAGAAGUGCUCUGUUCCGUGUAACGACGAGAAGGCUGUAG